AAACUCAGUCCCCGUGGCCCCGUGAGAACACGCGUCAAGAGGGGGACAGCCCUACGUCAUGAAUGAACCGGCGCGUUUGGAUCCGCGCGGGUGGAUUCGUCAUUUCUCUACGUCAUCACCUGACCCGUGACCCACGUUAGACGAUCGUCUCCGAUUCGCUGAAGGCAGGCAAAGCAGCAGCAGCAGCAGCGCUAGCAGGCAGCUAGCAGUAACCCUACCUCGCUCGACGGCGAUCUCCUUCCUCUCGAUCUCGCAACCGCAAGGAUAUAUAUAUAUAGCGUGAAGGGGGACACUCUCGCAGGAAGGUCGAUCGCAUCGCCCGAACUCUUUCAACUCGACUCGAAACAAUUGUGAUCCACUCUCAACUCAGUAAAAGCUAACCAAACACACACAAUAAUAAUGGCCUCCCUCCCUCCCAAGCCCGAUGCCGCCGAGGCCGCUCGUCUCUCCACCGCUUCCAACGCUGGAAAGGCCGCUUCGACCGUCAACAAGUACGCCAAGCGUGACCCCGCCCUCUACCCUUUGAUCAUUAUCGUCGGAGGAAUCUUUGCUACUGCCGGAUACAUGCUCACCUCCAAGUCUGGCAACGACCCGGCAAAAGCUUUCACGCGUGAUGUAGUAAACCCUUGGGACGAGUCUGCCAAGCACGACGUCCACCCUUCCCAAGUUGCCGCCUUCAAGUAUCGAUACCGCAACCGAGACACUGGUGCUCUCGAGGACAGCAUGCCCACCCUAAACUCGGAGAUCAAGAACCUUACCGGCUCGAACUCUGCCAAGUGGAAGACUACCUGAACGACCCGACGACAAUGACGUGAACGGACAGGCGCACGUCAAUCCAUGGAGUUUCGCGCGACUGGAAGCAGACGAUUCCGCACAAGCAAAUGUAUCACCAUACCCAGAUAGUUCGGUCGACCCUCGUUUCUGAGCGAGACUCGAAGUGUAUCAUAGCAUCUAGUCACAAUGAAAUGAAUU